AUGAAUUAUGGAAUCAUUGUCAUCUUCAUCCUCAAAGAGAUUGAGUCUCAAGCACCAGAUCUGGUUACAUCACUUCCCGAUGGCGUCAUGUUUGACAUCUUAGCACGUGUUCCAAGGUACGAGUAUCCAACACUCUCCCUCGUUUCCAAGCAGUUCCGAUCACUAGUUGCUUCACCUGGUCUAUACAUAAGACGAUCCGGCUUCACCGAACACUGCUUCUAUGUUCUCCUCUAUAACUACAAAUCACAUGAUUACCGUUGGUACAGUCUGCGACGGAAAGCCAACGGCAAACGCCGCUUUGUCCUUGUCGACUCGCUUCCAGCUAAGAAGCUUGAUGCAAGCAUUCUCUCGGUAGGGUCGAGCAUUUACGUGCUUGGUGGCGGGAGAGAUGGCUUUUUAAGAAUUGACUGUAGAUUUCACACUGUGGAACACCUCCCCAACAUGCCUUUGCACAUGUCUCAUAAAAUUGCUGACGUCAUCGAUGGGAGAAUCUACGUGAUAGGAAACAACUACGACUCGAUGAAGAAGAAGAAGGCGAUGGUGGUGUUCAAUACAGAAGCACAAAUGUGGGAGCCUGGGAUGAUAAGACCAGACAUAGAUCUAGGCUAUCAGACGUGGUCUAGUUGUGUCGCGAUGGCUGAGAAGAUGUACACAACGGAUAAUUCUAAGAGCUUUGUUUACAAGCCAAAGGAGGGUAAAUGGGAAACAGAAGAGAUGCUGAGUUCUAAGACGUGGGGGAGUAAUGCGUGUGUUGUCGAUGAUGUAUUGUACUAUUUUGAUAAGCUGGACUUAAGAGCAUAUGAUUCAAAGCAUAGGUGUUGGGGAGUGGUGAAAGGUUUGGAAAAUUAUUUGCCAAUGACUAUAAGGUCAGAUUGGAUAGGCACUGCGAACUACUGUGGGAAACUUGCUUUGUGUUUUUCUAAAGGAUGGGGGCCUUAUCCUAAAGGAAGAGGGUGGUGUAGAACAAUGAAGAUUUGGUGUGCUGAGAUUUCGCUGGAAAGACGUCAAGGAGGACAAAUUUGGGGUAAAGUUGAGUGGUGUGAUCAGGUUCUGGUCGCUGAUAAUUUAUUCGUGAAGAAAUUUGUAACUGUUUUGGUCUGA